UCAAUUGAGAGGCUACAGAUCCGAGAAGCCCAUGAUCCAAGAGAUCCCUUCUAAGUUGCGUAUACAUUAACUAGCUGGGAUAGUACUGUACUACCCACUUAUUAUGAGACAUUCCUCCUUUAACAAAUUACUACUUCCACGCACGCCCACUCCUUUUUAUUAAAUUUUCUUCUUUCUUUUCAUACACUACUUCUCAUUCUCAACCCAAUUUUUACUAUAUUAUCAUUUAUUUAAUUAAUUACUAUAUAGCUACAUAGCUUGCUAGGUAGCUAGCUAUAUUACUUUGGGCUGAAAAUGAAACUGAAUGGUUGAUUAUUAUUAUUAUAAUAUCAAAUAUAUAAUCCCAGUUAAGAAGGAGGGUUUUAAGGACAUAACAUCUUAGGGAUCGGAGAGUGUGAGUGAGUGGGAAGGGAAGCACUUUGGGGUUCCCAAAAUAUGUAUAGUUUAAUAGUAAUAGAUUUAGAGGGUUGUCUGCUCCUCAAAGCCACCUAAAAUUAGAGUCUCGAGGGUUUUGCUUCCUACAACUCUAUCAUCCCUACCAAUACAUUUUCGACACGUGUCACAAACACCGACACCUUGUAUCAGCCGCCGGGGCAGAGACUGAUCAUGCACCACCACCCCCACCCCCACCCACCUUAACCAUCAUAAUAAUAACACAGUGUCAUCAUGUCAUGUGCGGCUUAGGAGAGAAGCUCCACACGUGCAUGGGGAGAAGGCAAUUCUGUUACCCCAUAUAACCCUUUUGAGGUCAUUUCAUGGUUGCCCAACUGCUUCAUUUUCUCUCUAAACGUUUACAGAGAGAGAGGGAGUUUGAUCUUUAAGUGUUUGAUGAAAGGUCUGAAUGAAGAAGAAAACUACUUACAUUAAUGGUACUGAUGAUGGAGAGAGGUAUAUGGAAGCCUAAUGCUGAGAUAUCUCCCAAUUGUCCAAGGUGUGGCUGUUCCAACACCAAGUUUUGUUACUACAACAAUUAUAGCUUAACUCAACCUCGAUACUUUUGUAAAGGCUGCAGAAGAUACUGGACUAAAGGAGGGUCACUCAGGAAUGUGCCUGUUGGAGGUGGCUGCAGGAAGAACAGAAGAGGAAAGUCUCUGAGGCUUUCGACAGCCACGGACGGCCGAACCCUUUUGUCUAAGAAUUUGAAUUAUGGAACUACUAAUAAUGUGUCCAGUACUGGUGUGGUUGGACAUAAUUCAUAUGGUGGUGUCAAUAAUAAUAAUGGGAGUUUCUUAGAUGAAUAUUCCAAUAGGUCAUCUAAUUCAAUGCUGCAGCCUGAUGGUUCCCAUAUUGAUCUUGCUCUUGUUUAUGCCAACUUCUUGAAUCAAAAGCCAGAUAAUUCCAAGAGUAAUAACAACAUUAAUGGAUUAGAAAUCCCGGAAUUGGGUUGUGAUGAUCAUUUAAUUGAUCAAUCUAAUUUGGAGUUCAUUUCAAAUACUACUAAUGUUAACAUUCAAAUGGCACAAGAAUUGAGCACUGGAAAUGAGCAGAUUUACAACUUCUGUGGUUUGGAGUCGUUUGAUCAUCACAAGCAAUAUAAUAAUCCUGACCGAACAGAGCAUUGUGUAAGUGAUCAUUUUGGGCUGCCACCAUUGCCAGAACAGGAGGUUUUAUGGUCAAGUAGUUCUCAUCAUCAUCAUCAUCAUCAUCUUCAACAUCAUCAGAUGAUGGUUAGUCAAGCCAUUCAAGCAACACAGCUACCGGUUCUCGGAUCAGAAGCUCAUCAAGAUGUAGCCAUCUUAACUGGUAAUAAUUGGAGCCCAUUUGAUUUGCCAAAUGAAGAUAAUUUCUCAGGUCAUGAUCAAGACAAAAUUUGAUGUUUUUUUUUUUAUAUUAUUUUUCCUUUUUUGUUUGUUUUAUAUAUACCACAUAUAUAUAUUUGAUGAGUUCAUGUAUAGAAUAGAAUAUAUCAAUUGAAAUAAAUAUUGAUGAGUAUGAUUUCUUAUAAA